CCUGCAUCGGUUACCAUGUCUUGCCAGUUUCUCUAGUACUUCAUUGUUGUUUUUUUUAUUUUGAGCUGCCGCCUUUUCCUUGUGAAGUUGUUAUGGUGGUGCAAUGGGAAUGCGGUGUCCGAUCAAGUAUUUCAACCGCGUAAACUUGUUCAGAACACUCGGACCUUUUCAAGAUGCGUGCGCGUUUGAAGGAGUUGGCGUCCGGAGGAUAUCCUUCGGCCAGCAGUACACCCGCGAGCAGCAGGACCAGAUCCUGAGGGUGCUGAACACCUCUUCCGAGAAGGAGCUGCGUAAGCUGUCCAUCAGCCCGCUGAACGUCAUGCGCAUCCUGCACCACCGCGAGGAGAACAGCGGCUUCGCCAGCAUGGAGCACGUGGGUGCCAUCGACGGCCUGCAGACGCGCGGCCUGGCCCGCAUCUGCGAGGCCAUCCUGUACGGAAAGAAGCCACAGGAAAAGAGGCCGCCCGACCGGGGAAACAGCAUCAUCCCACACAUAUCGCUGGACAGGAUAGAGAGCGUCACCGACAUAUUGGCCGUAGACGUGAGUCCGCCGUUCAUGACGUGGGCCCACGUGACGCGGGACAACUUCGUGCUUGCCCUCGAUCGAGUGCAGUUCCUCGACGACAAGACGCGGCCACACCUGUACAACUACUACGAUGCAGUGCAGCAGGUGCUGAAACAGUUGCCGUCUGCUAGUCUCUACGUGGUUGAACAGAAGGCGCAGCGGCACAAGGGCGAAGUCGCACAAAGCCAGAGUCAGCUGACUGUGCAAGCCAUGAUGGUGGCCCUGCUGAGCCAUGGCAAGCAGCUACAACCGCAGGUGGUUUCUAUCAAGUCGUCCGCCAUCACGAACCUCUUCAACCUCAACGUCGGCAGCGAGCGUGUGUCCGGACAGGGCACCCUCAAGAAACUGGUGGAAGACGGCACCAUCAGCUUCCAGGGGAACCUGAAGGGCGUCUACUUUAAGGAGACGCCCGUCAACAGAGAACACUACUGUGGGGUCCUGCUAUUGGCCAGGGCGUUCUACAUGCUCGCCAUGACGUGAAACUACAUCAACGCCAGGAUGUUAAUAAUAUAUCCCCGUCUGCGAGGUCAACCACAUCUAGGGGGAACGCUUCGCUGCUACAAGAGAACCUAGCUCAUAUGUUUAAAAAAAAAACCACGGUACAAAACUUACUAUCUGGCAGAUACAUACAAUCCGAAUUCACCUAAAUGUUGGCACCAGGAAGUCCAAUGAAAAGCAAACGUAUGAACGCAGUUCUACUGUGUUUAAUACAGUUUAACUAGAACAUUUCGUCUACUUCAAGGAGAUAAUGAGCCUAAUAACAAAACUCCCCCCAAACAAUGAUGUCAGUAAAUCAGUUUUUUUCAGUUUUAUGCUAAACACCAACUGCUAUGAGCUUUUGAAUACUUAGAGGUUCCUCCUAAAAGUGGUCGACCUUGUACGCAACUCUAGGAGAUGUACAAAUUUGAGGGUCGUUGUGCUUUGUGAGCGCAUGCAGCAACUAAUUGUUACAAUAAAAUGAUGUUUCAAUGGA